AUUGUGUCGUGGUUGCUGAAAUAAUUGAAGCGAUUGCAGACUAGGUUUUUGUAACCUCCACCAACUGCCUACAAACUCUUCGAGAUAUUUCCGUGUUAUGUCUUAGUUUUUCGUUUUAAGGGCAACAGACCAGCUGAGAAAGGAUGAUUUGAAAAAGAAGCCUUCUUUGAAGAAUUUAUUAAGCUGGAUCCCGCAGAGGUUUUGUGUUCACUUCUGAAGGCACUGUAAGCAGGUACAGCGCUUCGACAAGCGCUGAAUAAAGCAUGAUGACUUCUCAACAAGUUGUAACAAACGCUGUACGCAAAACAACCUUAAUUUCCCGCCAUGGCUUGGCCUUGCGAGUAACGGAUAACGCAGUGAAUGGUAGUGAAAGUGUAACAGGCGAUGCUAAUAGUAAGUACAAAUUAAUUUGUCUUACAAGCAAACAAACAUUGAGCUCAAUUAUGGACGGAAUUAGCCCUCGGGCCGGGUUGUUUUGGAGUGACCGGCACAAAUUUUUCACAACAGGCCUAGCUAGGCCGUCUCAAUCUUGUUGCUUUUUGAUACGUUUAAUUCAAACAAGAGCACUGACUUUUAAAUCUUCUUAGGACUGAUAGCAGCACGAUAUCCUUAUGCCAGCUUUAUUUUGGUGAAAACACUGAACACUGAACACUGUCUAACACUGUUUGCUAAACAAAAAUAUAUCAUAAUCAACACAAAAACUUUGAGCACAGGGGGUAGCCACUCAAAGGGCAACGCCUAUUCAAAGUAUUCCUGUUCAAUUUUUUAUAACUUUGGUAAGGUGGUUCGGGUGAAUUUUAACGGGCAAUACCUAUUUCACCACAUCUCUAUCAACAAAAAUAGUGAAAAAUGGUAGCAAAUCACCAAAGAUGUAUUAGAGGGAGAUGAAAAUUUUCUAUGAUUUGUGUUAAAUUAACAGUUGCCAUAGCAACAUAAUGACAUUCUUACCAAUUUAACUUGCAGUCUAAAUUCUUGGCACUGUGACGUUUUUAUCAAAAUCAUUCGCGAGAACUUGUAACUCCAAUAGCCGCCUCGAUGUUCACAAAGUAUCAGCAAAUCCAUCAGAGAGUUAUCAAGAAAUUUUGGAAUGAAUUUUUAAGGAUCAGGCAUGCUGUAAAAUUGCCUUCUAUCUGGAGAAAACGCAACGCGUUGGAAAUACAAAACAUUUCAUAGUGGCUUCAUUCUGUUUGAACACGUGUGGGGAGUAGCAUGCGAUGAGUGGGGGCGUUUAUGCCCAUCGAGCGGGUUAUCUCCAAUAAUCCGGCACGUAAAAAAAGGAUAUUUCCAAAAAAAUAAUGAUUAAAAGACAAUUUCUCAAUUUUAGCCAUACUUGAAAUGAUGUCAGUUGCUCCAGGCGAAACUGUUUUACGUGGAGAGUCAGCUAACAGAUACAUUGGAAUGGAUAACAAUGGAAACCUGAUAGCUUACGUAAGUAUUAAACCACCUGGCACCAGUUGUAUAUCCACUGGUUAAACCACUAUCCAGCGGAUAAGUAUUAUUAGGGAAACGAAUGGUGCUGUCCACUGGAUAGAGAUUUGCCCACUGGAUAGAACAACCCAGCCCUGUUUGUUACUAGGAAUGGUUAGCCCCCAUACCUGGUGGGAUGGUGGUCUGGUCACCUUGCCACCAAACCAUCUCGCCACCAAUAUGACAUCGCCACCAAGAGUAGAGGACUUAGUUUUAUUAUCUUAAAAAGUCAUCCCCCAGUAAUACACAACAAAGGAAGACCUUUCAAGACAAGAAAUUUUCUCUAAACCGUUUCUUAGUGGUAUUUUAAAGAAAUGACUGGUGAUUGAGAAACAUUUCUGCCAGUUUUUAAAUGCUUGUGUGGGAGUAAAUGUCGACCUUUACAUUAUUCGAAAAAGUCUAGCGAGACUGGACGUAACAGGAGUGGCAAAAUAUAGGCAAAAAUAUUGGCACUAGGCCCUGAACACCAAGAUUAGGAAACAAAAGAAAAUUAUAUUGGGUUGAUGAAAUGUCAUAUGUUAGAUACUAAAGCCAGUAUUUGCUGAAAUCUUUUAACUGCCUCUCACAUGAACAUGGCCAGAAUGGUUCAUUUUAUAGAUGAUUAGGAAAAUCAGGUCACGUGGCACUUUCUGCUUGUUGAUAUGUUUUCAAUGGACAUAAAAUUUGCGCAGGACUGCCCGUGGAAAAUCUAAAUAAGGCGAGCCAAACAUAAUUAUACAGGUGCUUCAGUUGAUUUUAGUUUUAAUAAACCAUUCCUACUCCAUUUAUAGUUUUUUUACUAUUGUUAUGGUGAAUUCACAAUGUACAUGGCCACAUAAGUUCAACCCUGAUGAAGUAAUUGGUAUGAAAUAAAUUGCUGUUUUUGAAUGGAAAUAUUUCAGUGACUUUUACUUAGAGGACUGUUAGAAGCAUCAACAUUACAGAAAAAAACUGUUAUCUUUCGUUUAUGGGGGGUGUAAUCUCUUUAAUGACCUAUACAGGGAGGUAGGGAUUACCCUAGUUGAAGUAUAUGGAAAGAUGGGGAAAUCUGUCAUUUAGGUCGGUACAAGUAUCUAAAAGGGCUAACAAAAUGUGAUUUUACGGCUGUGAAAAAGUUGAGAAAAUCACCAGGUUUUCUGAUUAUUCAUAUGUGCAUUUACAGCAGGUAAAAUGGACGCUAAGUUCUAAACUAGGUAUGUUAAGGUGAUACCAUCUGUAAAAGGAAGGUAUAUGAAAGAGGUAGAUUUUCUGUCAGAAAUGGCUUCUAAAAGAGUAAGGGUUCAUGGACCUCUGGGCAAAGCCUCCCUGUAUAAAACUUGAAGUUGACUACCCCUGGGGUUUGUGCAAAAGAGUGAGCCUUCACUCCACAUAUCAGUUCUUGAGACAUAGAUCACUAAUAAUGGCUAAUGGCAAUUUUUCUCUUCUAUCUGUGUCUACCAGAAUUCUCUGAUGGAGGACUGUGUGUUUAAAGAACAUCUACACAACAAUGGCUACAUGUCAUUUGAAUCCAGGCUCCAUAACGGGUGGUAUCUGGCACUGAGAAAUGAUGGCAGAGCAAAGCCUGGGCCUAAAACUGCUCCAGGUCAGAGAGCAGUGGAAUUUUUACCAGGAAAAAUUUGAUGAUCAGUUGCUAUGGUUACAGAAUACUACGCUGUAUCUAGUGGUCAUUGUCACUAAAACCUUCCUAGAAAAACAUUACGGUACCAUAUUAGCAAAAAUAAAAAAACUUUGAAAUUUUUCAAGGCCAGUAACAAAAUUCAAUAAUUACAAAGAAAUUUAGAGCUUAUGUUAAAGAAUGAUGAAAUGCUAUGAGGCCUAGGCAAAAAAUACUAGAAAUAUGCAAAAGCUUUGUAGAAGAACCUUAGCAAAACCACAAAAACCUGAGAAAACUUACAAGAAUCACAAAAUUUCAAAAGGCGAUGGGUGUUAAUAAAUGGUUUAUGAAAGGCCCUGGAGUAAACUGUGAGAACUGCAACAUUCUGCAAGACUGACAUUAAAAACCGCACAAGAAGUUCAAAUGGGUUCGUGGAAGGCUAGCUCAUAAACUCUGCUAAAAUCAUGAAAAUUAUGGAAAUUAUUAAACCUCAUGAAUUAUCGAAUCCCAGUAUUUUGUAGGGCCCGUUGAGGCUCAUGAGCCAGUCUGGUAGCUUUAGUGAAUUAACAACUUCAACAAUGCAGGCUACCUGACCAAUAGUGAAGUAUCCCCCCAAAAGACUUCAGAUUUCCUCUUUGAAGAACCUCUCACCCCCACUUCCCUCAGAGUUCAAAAAUGGCAGCUGUAGUUGGUGUGGUAGGGAUGUUUUCUGGAAACACACAGUCUCAUGUUAU